GAAAGAAAGAAGAAAAAAAAAAGAAGAAGAAGCAACAUGUUACUUGCUAUACUAAUAGCCAAUUCUGAGGGUAAUAUACUUGUAGAACGUUUCAGUGGAGUUCCAACAGAAGAAAGUCUACAUCGGCGGUCUUUCUUAGUUAGAUUGGGAGCAGAAAAUCUUAAAGGGGUCAAAAAUGAAGAGCUUCUUGUAGCUUGUCACAAAUCAGUUUUUGUGGUAUACACUAUAUUAGGAGGUGUCAGCAUAUAUGUGGUUGGCAAAGAAGAAUACGAUGAACUUGUUUUAUCAGAAGUAAUCUACGUAAUUACUUCAAUUGUGAGAGAUGCAUGCGGAAAGCCUCCAAGUGAACGUCUCUUCCUAGACAAGUAUGGAAAAAUAUGCUUGUGUUUAGAUGAAAUUGUUUGUAUGGGGUUGCUCGAAAAUACAGAGAAAGACAGAAUAAAAAGACUUGUGAGAUUAAAACCGCCAUUAGAGUUAUGAGUGAUUAGCGCCUCAACCUGCCUCACUUGUUUCAGCAGUGGCAGCUAUGGUUUUAGCAACGUUUAGUAUCCUAACAUUAUCACAUUUGCAUAAACGCGAAAUUGGAUUUCAA